AUUCUGGGAACUACGUAUUUCCUGUUUUGAUAUGAAUUUUGGAAACAAAUGUUAAAAUAAAUUCAUUUAUUCCCACUGAAUAAUUUUAUAUAAUUACUUCUACUACUGAUUUAUAAUAUUGACCAUUUUAUUGAUUUAAGAUGAAUGAACUGCAGAAACUUGAAUAUUUGUCUUUAGUCUCUAAAGUUUGUACAGAAUUGGAUAACCACUUGGGACUAAAUGACAAAGAUCUCGCUGAAUUUGUCAUAUCCCUUUCUGAUAAAAAUGACACAUUUGAGAAAUUCAAGAAAGUCUUGGAAGAAAAUGGUGCAGAAUUUUCUGACUCCUUGAUUGCCAAUUUGCUGCGGUUGAUCCAAAAGAUGAAACCCAAACCAAAAUCUGAUUCCAGUUCAUCUAAGUCGGUGCCUUCAGAAAAUGCAUCUGAUGCAGAAUUGAAGCGAAAGCUUUUCCCUGGACUGGCUCUACCAAACAACCCGUGUAAUAGGAAUCUACUUGAUGAUGACUAUGAAAAGAACCAAGAUAAGAAAGUCGUCACUGAAAUGAUGGGAGAAUUAGAGGCACUUUUUGAAAAACCUGCAGAAAUGAAACCUAAAGAGGAAACAGAUAAUGACUCUACCAAACGCAAACACUCGAGGAACCACAACAAGUCCCCUAAGCACCGUCGACGCAGCAAAUCAAGAGAACGACGACGUAGUCGCUCCCCAAAAGGUCGCCAUCGCAGCAGAUCAAGGGGCCGUCAUCGUAGCAGAUCACCCAACAGCCGACGACGGAGUAAAUCUCCACGAGGGCGUGGUCAUAAAUCCCGUGAUAGACAGCGCAGCAGGUCUCCAGAGGAUAGUGGUUACUAUCAGUCUAAGAGCAGGAAACGAAGUCGAUCACCAAAAGACUCCAAGAAUGGCUACAACAAUGAUUAUGAAUAUUCACCAGACAGAAGCAAGAGACACUCAAUCAAAUCACAUAGUCCUAACCGUACUCGCAGAGAAAUGGCACCUGAUAGAGACCAGAUGAAGGAGAGGAGCGGUGACAUGCCUAUGGAGCCACGCUGUGGACAGAUCUACAAUGGCAAAGUUACAACUAUUAUGCAGUUUGGUUGUUUCGUUCAACUUGAAGGUCUCCGAAAACGAUGGGAAGGGCUUGUUCACAUUUCUCAGUUACGUCGAGAGGGUCGUGUGACCGAUGUGAAUGAGGUUGUACAGAGAGGUUUGAAAGUCAAGGUGAAGGUGUUGUCAUUCACAGGCAUUAAAACCAGUCUGUCGAUGAAGGAUGUUGAUCAAGAAACUGGAGAAGAUCUGGAUGUGGAGCGUACACGACGCCUUGUUGGUGGGGAAGUGAAAGAUGAAGAGAUUCAAUCUCGAAAUCCUGACCGACCAUCAUCAAUGCCAUUGAUAAACAUUCCAGAACCAGAAGAUGCUAUUGCAGAUAGGAACAGAGUGAAGCGUAUUUCGUCACCUGAACGCUGGGAAAUCAAACAAAUGAUUGCUGCCAAUUGUAUUGAUAAGUCAGAGCUUCCUGAUUUUGAUGAGGAGACUGGCUUGAUACCAAAAGACGAUGAUUCAGAUGAAGAUAUAGAAAUAGAACUUGUAGAAGAGGAACCACCAUUUCUACAGGGCCACGGCCGUCAAGGGGGUCUUGACUUGAGUCCUGUGAAGAUUGUCAAGAAUCCUGAUGGCUCAUUAUCUCAAUCAGCAAUGAUGCAGACUGCUCUUCAGAAAGAACGCAGGGAGUUAAAGCAAGCUCAGAGGGAGGCUGAGAUGGACAACAUUCCUUCGGGGUUAAAUAACCACUGGAUAGAUCCAAUGCCUGAAGUGGAAGGACGUAAAUUGGCUGCUAAUAUGCGGGGAGUGGGGAUGAUGCCAAACGAUAUCCCUGAGUGGAAAAAACACAUUACUGGAGGAUCCAAAGCCUCGUAUGGGAAAAAGGAAAAGAAAUCCAUAUUGGAACAACGUCAGAGUUUGCCCAUUUAUAAACUGAAAGAUGAAUUAACGAAGGCUGUCAACGAUAACCAGAUUCUUAUUGUUAUCGGUGAAACUGGUUCUGGCAAAACAACCCAGAUCACGCAGUAUUUAGCUGAAGCAGGUUACACAAUUCGAGGUAAAAUUGGCUGCACCCAACCCAGACGUGUGGCAGCCAUGUCAGUGGCUAAAAGAGUUGCUGAAGAAUUUGGUUGCCGUUUAGGACAAGAGGUUGGUUACACCAUCCGUUUUGAAGACUGCACCAGUCCUGAGACAAAGAUCAAAUACAUGACAGAUGGUAUGUUGCUGAGAGAAUGUCUGAUUGAUCCAGAUUUGCUACAAUAUGCUGUAAUCAUGUUGGAUGAGGCUCACGAACGAACAAUCCACACAGAUGUAUUGUUUGGCUUACUGAAAGCGGCGGUCAAGAAACGGAAAGAAUUGAAAUUAAUUGUCACCUCAGCUACUCUGGACUCAGUGAAAUUUUCUCAAUACUUCUUUGAAGCUCCCAUUUUCACAAUCCCUGGCAGGGCCUAUCCUGUUGAGAUCCUUUACACCAAAGAAGCUGAAACUGAUUAUUUAGAUGCUGCAAUGAUAACUGUGAUGCAGAUCCACUUGAUGGAGCCACCAGGAGACAUAUUACUUUUCCUUACUGGUCAAGAAGAAAUUGACACAGCCUGUGAAAUCUUAUACGAACGUAUGAAGGCUUUGGGACCUGAAGUACCUGAGUUGAUCAUCUUACCUGUGUACAGUGCCCUUCCCAGUGAAAUGCAAACCCGUAUUUUUGAACCAGCACCACCAGGAUCAAGAAAAGUUGUCAUAGCUACAAACAUUGCUGAAACCUCUCUGACCAUCAAUGGGAUCUAUUAUGUUGUGGAUCCAGGAUUUGUAAAACAGAAGGUAUACAACUCUAAAACUGGAAUGGACCAACUUAUUGUGACACCCAUAUCUCAGGCUCAAGCCAAACAGCGGGCUGGACGUGCCGGUCGUACAGGUCCAGGAAAGUGCUAUCGACUCUACACUGAACGGGCUUAUCGAGAUGAGAUGUUACCCACAAAUGUCCCUGAGAUCCAGCGCACAAAUUUGGCCAGCACUGUGUUGUCCCUAAAGGCCAUGGGGAUCAAUGAUCUUCUUUCCUUCGAUUUCAUGGACGCGCCUCCCAUGCAGACUUUGAUCUCAGCCAUGGAACAACUUCAUGCCUUGAGUGCACUGGAUGACGAAGGUUUACUGACAAGACUUGGCCGCAGGAUGGCUGAAUUCCCUCUGGAACCCAUGUUGUCCAAGAUGUUGAUAAUGUCAGUUCAUUUAUCCUGCAGUGAUGAAAUUUUAACAAUUGUAUCAAUGUUGUCUGUUCAGAAUGUGUUCUAUCGACCAAAGGACAAACAAGCACUCGCAGACCAACGCAAGGCCAAAUUCCACCAGCCUGAAGGUGACCAUUUAACUCUGUUGGCUGUUUACAAUUCUUGGAGAAAUAAUAAAUUUUCCAGUCCUUGGUGCUAUGAAAACUUUGUCCAAAUUCGUACAUUAAAAAGAGCUCAAGAUGUCAGAAAACAGAUGUUGGGCAUAAUGGACAGACACAAAUUGGAUGUCGUCAGUUGUGGUAAGCACACAGCGCAUGUACAGAAAGCAAUAUGCAGUGGUUUCUUUCGCAACGCAGCUAAAAAAGACCCACAAGAAGGCUAUCGAACACUCGUUGACAGUCAGAUGGUUUAUAUACAUCCGUCCAGUGCUCUUUUCAACCGACAACCUGACUGGGUUGUCUAUCAUGAAUUGGUGCUGACUACCAAGGAAUAUAUGAGAGAAGUGACAACUAUUGAUCCUCGGUGGCUGGUAGAGUUUGCCUGUAAGUUUUUCAAGUUCUCUGACCCAACUAAACUAAGCAAACAGAAGAAGCAACAAAAGAUUGAACCCUUGUACAACAAAUAUGAAGAACCGAAUGCAUGGAGGAUAUCUCGAGCCUUUAAGAAAGUUCACACAAAAGUUACCUUCUAGAACUCUCUCACACCUUGCUCAUCAACUAUUUUACUUCUCAUUCCACUCCACCCAUGACCUCUACUGUAAACACAUCAAUGGAUUGUAAACAAAGUGUCUACCUUCCUUACCGUAUUGUACAUAACAUUGACACAAGCAACAUAUUUAUAUGUAAGAAUGUGAGGGUGUGACAUUCAUUCAUCUCCCAGGGCUGGUUGCAGUGUAAAGAAAUGACCACCACUACCAAGAGCGGUUGCCACUCCAGAGGCUUACCUUGUGAAGUCGUUUAUGCCUUUCUCUCUGGAGCGUUAUUUUGUAUAUACCUAUUGAUAGAUGACUAACACUUUGUGUGUAUGUGUAUAUAUAUGUGUAAAGAUAGCUUAUUCUGGAUAUAAAAGAGAUCUUUAUAAGUA